AUGCGGUCCCGACUUCUUUGGGGCGCUGCUCGGUGUCUCUGGGCCCUCGGAGCUACUGGUCCGGCCCGCCGGCCCCUAAGCUGCGAUACCCCGCCGCUGGAGGAGCUCUUCGCCCGGGACGGGUCCUUGCGGACUUUCCUCGAGCGCCAGGCGGGGUCUGGAGCCCUGGUCAGCAGGCCCCAGUUGGCGUCGGCGGCCAAGCUGCUGAGUGAGAAGGAGGGGGAGCUGCGGGAGAUCGAGCACUUGCUGCGCG